CGGGGCCGGGAGCAGCUUUGUUGUCGCUAUAGCUGCCGCUCUACGGCACCGCAGACUUGCGUGCGCCUGCAUUUGCAAGCUGACUUACCAUUCUCUGGCUGCGAGAGAGCUCAGGCGUCCUCGUGCCGCACAGCCUCCGAGAGCGCUCUCAGAGAUUUAAGCUGCCAACAAACGCGAGCGCCAUGGCCACCUUCACGGAAGAGGUCCGCCCCCUCCUCACGCCAGCCGAAGCCACUCAAUUAAUGAAGGACCACUACGCCAAAGUCGGCGCCGUCCGCCGCUGCCUACCGUUACCGUCUUAUGACGACCAAAACUGGAAAGUGAUAGUCCAAUGCUCACAAGAAGCGAUAGAUAAAACAUACGUCCUCAAAAUCGCUGCCAGUGGCGCCGCUUGUAGGGGCCAUGCGGGCGACGACGCGACGAGGGCGGCCUUGGACUGUGAACACACGAUGAUGCGCGCCGUGCGGACGACGGGCGUCCGGGCGCCGGACGUCCGCGCGUCUGAUCAUGGUGAGGCCGUGGUCCAGUUCACCUGGAAGUCCCUGACGUGUUUCGCGCGCGUCAUUACGUGGGUCGAGGGUAUUCCACUGAGCGAGUGUCGGGGCCAGGCGAAUGGCGCUUUGGACCGGGCCCUGGGCCAGGUCAUGGGCGCAACUGAUGUCGCAUUGGAGCACUUUGAACCGCGUAGUGAUGGAGCCGACUCUUCCGAGAGGAUGCUUGCUUGGGACCUCGCGAACGUUUCAACAGUGUCAAGACCUUAUCUCAACGAAUUGUUCGACGACGAGGUCAAGGAGAGAGUCACGAAAGCUUUGGAUGCGUUCGACGCCUUCCUCGCGUCGCCGCCGUACGCGUUGUUGCCUCGCCAAUUAAUUCAUGGGGACGCGAACGACGAGAACAUCCUGGUCCGCGACGCAGCGUGAUUUCCGAACGUUUCCGAACUUCAAGUUGCGUCGACGGCGUCGCCGCGGUGCCUCGCUGCGUCGACGCCGUCUUCAUGACCACAUGAGAGUCCACGCGUCUCGCGAGAGAGCAGCGGCAGUUUCGCGACGGUAUCAAUCAACACAGGUCGACGAAGCUGGUGUCAGGCCGGGUCUCGUGGACUUCGGGGACUUCGUGCGGAGCUGUCGCGUGUUUGAUCUGGCCAUUUUGCUGGCUUACGCGCUCUUCGACGGGAAAGGGUCAAGCAUGACUUCACUGUUGGCCGAUUCGGUGCUGGACCCGGCCGAGACCAUGUUGAUUCUACAGCGAGCUUGUGCGAUUACGGCAGCAUAUCAUAGUGUUUGUCCCCUGCAACGUUGUGAGAUCGACGCGUUGUAUGUCCUAAUUCGCGCGCGGAACUGCCAAACUAUAUUGAAUGCGGCGCACCAUUUUAGGCUGGAUCCGGACCCGUACAAGUUGGUGAGUGCCGAGCCCGCCAAACGGCUGCUGCGGCAACUCGGACAGUGGGACGCGGCGACGUUUUCUGAUGCGCUGCGCGCCGCGUGUCAGGUGAAGUAGUGAGAGUCGAUGGCGUCGCGGUGCUGCGGGCGCGAACGUACUCAGUAAUUUAUUGUGUAGUAGAA